GCACUAAAGCAACCCCCUCAGCCACAAAAAAAAAUAUACCAUCCUAUCAACAUCACAACCACCAUCACCUUUGCUCUCCGUCACGAAGGGAGCGUGAGGCUGUGCUGGAUGGAGAGCUCGUUCGUCGGCACGCGGCCCGUGGACUCGCCGGAGACGCCUAUGAGCCUGGCGACCGACCAGGAGGCCGGCGACUGCUGCAACGCGGCCGGCACCGAGUCCUGCAGCUGCCAGGACUCGGCCGCAUCCGGUCUCUACCUGGACCUGACACCCAGCCGGGAUGACGUGCGCCAUCAGCAUCUCCAGGCAUCCUCGGCCGGCCCGUCGCCCACGUCCUUCUCUAACUACCAUCACCAUCAUCAGCGUCACCAGCAUCGCCAGCAACAACAGCAACAUCAUCACCGCGAGUCAGCUAAGAGCGUGAUGGACGUUCAUCAGGCAACCGUCGAUGAUCAGCAGCGCAACUUCUACUCGGGCGAGCUGGUGAGACGGAAGAGCGAGGGCAGCGACACGCUGCCCUCACGAGCUGCGGUUGUCGCCGCCGCAGCUGCGUCGUCCUCGUCGUUGAUGCCGCGCGGGGGCGCCCAGCCGCGUCACCGUCGGGUGUCUUUCGACAAUCCCCAAGACUCCACUACUAACGGCAGCUCGGCUGCCAUGGACAAGGUAGUGCGGUGCCGUAACAACAAGUGCGGUAACUCGACCACCCUGGCAGAAGCGAGGAGGACCUAUAAGAGCUGCCACAACUGCACCUGCCUAUACUGUUCGCGCGAAUGUCGAAGGGCUCACUGGCAACGUCAUCGCAGGACCUGCCUUCAUUCGCGAGCCGGCAGUCUCUGCCGCCAGGUACUGUCCUCGGCGAAAGAGGACCCGGCCACUCUGAAGCACAUCUCCGCCCUUGCCAGACGGGGCUACGCCGGUCACGGUCGCGGCGCGGUCAAGUGCUUCUUCUCGAGCCCCGAAGCGGCCGAGCGUUUCGUCGGCAACGGCUUCGCCGACCUUGGCGAGCCCACCUACGUGCGUUGGUCGGACUUACUCCCGGGCGAGAUGGGCGCCGAGCUCUACGCCGAACUGAUGCGCCUCUGUAAGACGUAUAAUCCGGAAACGCGGCUAGUGCUCUACGUGGCGGUGUGCGUGGUUAGCGAAGUGCCGACUAGCGGCGCGGUCAGGUGGGAACGGCAAUUGGUAUCCAGGUGUGCGAAGAUCAGGCUCGACGGGGCGGCUAAGCAGCAUGCUUCCUCCUCCUCGGCGUCUCCGCAGGCCAGGAGGAGACUGUCGCAACAAGCACCUGCGUCUCCCUGCAACAUCACUAGAGAGAUGGACUCGCCUGAGACCCUGGUCUUGACAUCGUUACCCGGUAACAACGGUCAGAACACGCCACGAAAAGCGCGAGAGAUCAGCUUCACUAAUAUUCAACGGCAGCUCAGGCUCAGGGGAGUCUCCUUGAGGAGACACUUUCCCCAGGUAUACCGGAAACUUUGUUCUUACGUGGACGGCUCGGUGGACAAGUUCGCACCGGUGACCAUCUAUCCCAGAGAUCAGGCGUCCGGUAAGAGCUUCAUGUGUAUCAUCAUGCUGGAUGCGGAGCCUGAACGUCUGCAAUUAUUGCCCACGGACUCGUCCAGGGUAAGGACGGUGGACAUCAGCGUGGAGCAAGAGUGAGAACCAUGUUCGAACGAGAUUCAAGAAUCGGGAUAGCUCAAGACACGUCGCUCAGGAUUUUCCUCAGGUUCACGGGGAGACGGUCAGGAACGUCGUUGUAGACGGAGUUCUUCAAGAUGAGGACUACUGACGUCGGCCGGUGGCAGAGCAAGAGCGAAGAUCACACUUGAACAAAUCAUCAACGAGUAUUACAGGAGAUCGCAAGGGAUUUGCUUAGAAUUUUCCUCAAGUUCUUAGAGAAAAAGAUCGAAGAUGGCUACUGACGGAUGCCUUCAGAUUGAAGACGACUUCAUCAGUCAGUGGAGUUAACUUCGAUAAUGUAAAAGUUUAAAAGGUAUCCUAAUUUCGUCCGGAUAUCUUUUGAACGUUUAUAUUGUCUGUGCGAAAGAAUGUUUAGGUAGAAGAGAUCUAGAUGAAAAUGCCAACGGAAGUCCAGAUGGAUCUAGAAAGCUCAACACAUUUGAGCUCACAGACUUGUAUGAUUUCACACACAGGGCAUGCAUACAUACACAAAGACUUUUUCUAUCUUUCCUUCUAGAGAAAAAAGAAAUCGAGCGCACGAAAAACGAAAAGUAUUACUCUGUUUAUAUCCAUCCUCUUUUUCGAUACCCUAAGUAUCGCGAUUGUAUGAAGGCAAUCUUCCGUCAUUUCAGACAUCCUCGAUUUGGUCGUUGCUGUAUGAGAGAUUUAUUAUAAUCAUUCGCCAGUAUAAGUCUUAUUGAAGAAUUAUUAACUGAUCCUUUCAAUCCAAAAUAUAUAUGAUCAAUAACUUCUAAAGAAUAUUUGAAGAAAAUUAAAUAAAUAUUUUCACGCGUUUUUAUUAGUAUAUCACAACGAUUUGAUAAACCAAGUAGAAUAGUCUAUAUAUAGUCAUGUUUCUUUAACGAUUCUUUUGAAGGGAUUGAAAGGAUCAGUGACGAUUUCAAGAUUCUCGGCGGAUGGAACGGAAAGUAAGAUUUAGAGUACGUUGUUGUCUCUUCGUUCAACUUUGCAUUGUUUAAAUAUUUUAUCGUAUAUAUUAUAUGUAAAGAGGCGAGAAACAUUUUUCUCAGCGAAUACAUUCACGAUCGAUCGCUACGGAAGUUUCGCUUACGAGUCCGACUUUACCAGAGACGGAAUUAAAUUCGUGCAAUAUCGAGCCUCGAAAGGGAAUAUAUAUUUCAAGAGUUACAUUGUAUAUUUUAAUUUAUUCCUGCAAAUGUCAUUAUUAUAAUUACGACUAACCGCGGAAUGCCUGCCUUACUUACCGGCAUGUAAACAUAAUUCCCGUCGUUAUUAAUCGAAUUAAUUUAAUAAUACGAACGUAAUCACGAAGUUCUUUUGAUCCACAUUUCCCACCUUCUCUAAACGCAAAAUGGAAAAAAAAAAGAUGAACGCGCAUCUCGGAUAUGCGAUAUCAAAGAUUUUGCCACAAGUAUCGUUCACGUUCAUGACAUCGUGCCAAAUGAGAAAAGCGUGAUAAAAAUCGCGAAAAGCAAACUUUCGGAACGUUGCCGCAUAACAUCGUCACUUUUUCGAUAUAAACUUCUAAUCUCGAGGGAACGCGCCACGCGUACAAUUUCGGUUAAAAACGGCG